AUGAAUAUAUCUAGUAUGCUUUCUUCAAACGAAAGUAAUAGUAUUAAUAAUGAUGGUAAUAUUGAUAGUAAUAAUAAUAGUAAAUUGAAUGGCAACCAAAAUUAUACACCUUUACAACCAGCAAAUUUACCAAAUUUACCUCCAAUACAACAUCAUCAAUUACAUUAUCAACAACAACAGCAACAUCAUUCACCAACACAAUUACAAUUCCCAUUUCAAAAUCAAAAUCAAAGUCAAAAUCAAAAUCAAAGUCAAAGUCAAAAUCAAAAUCAAAAUCAAAAUCAAAAUCAAAAUCAAAAUCAAAAUCAAAAUCAAGAUGUUCAAUAUUCAUAUCAACAAUGUUCAAAAUCUCAAUUAAAUUUUAAUAAUAAUAAUGGUAGUAAUAAUGGUAGUAAUAAUGGUAGUAAUAAUGGUAAUAAUAAUGGUAAUAAUAAUGGUAAUAAUAAUGGUAAUAAUAACGGUAAUAAUAAUGGUAAUAAUAAGGGCAAUAAUAAUGAUAAUAAUAAUGCCAACAGAUUUACUCCAACUACUCCGUUCCAACCUUUAUCAACUGAUUCAACUUCAAUUAUUCAUCAACUUUUACCUACAAAUUAUUAUAUCGACAAUAAUUAUCAUCCAAAAAUUGAUCAACAAUAUAAAUUUCAAAUGGAAAAUAAUCUAACUAUAAUUAAUCAACUAGAUCAAUAUCAAUUAUUAAAUCAUGAUUUAAAAUUAUUAAAAUUCGAUGAAAUUAAAUUAAAUAAUUAUUUAUUAAAUACUCAUCAAUUUACUUCAAAUUAUAUAGAUAGAGUUGUUGCUGAAGAUAUUAGUAGUAGAAAUAAUAAAAUUUCCGAUACUAAUAAGUCAAAAGAAUUACAAUUAAUUGAUUAUUCAAAACCUUUACAUCAUAAUUCAACAAGAGGUAAAGAAUUUAAAUGGGGUUCAACAAGAGAAAUUCAUAAAAUUGAAUCAAAAAGAAAAAGAAAACAUGAUGAAAUUAAUAAUACUAUUCAUGUACAUAAUCCUUCAACUACAAAUAAUAACAACAACAACAACAACAAAAACAACAACAACAACAAUAAUAAUAAUACUGUUACUGUUUCACCUUCAAAAGACUCAAAAUCUAAAAAAGCUACUCCUGGUCAAAUCACUAUAAAACCAAAAUCGGCAGAAGGCGUUGUUCGUCGUUCGAGUAGACCAAAAGCUAAAAGAAAGAAUUAUGAAGAAACUAAUGAAGAUAUAGAUUUAAAAGACUUUGAAGAUGAUGAUUCCGAGUUUGAAGAUGAAACUGUUAUUGAUGAACAAGGUAAUGAAAUUAAACGUCAAAAAUUAAAUCAAGGUAAACCUUCAAAUAUGACAUCAAAAGAAUAUAAAGCAAUGAUUAGACAGUAUGAUAAUACUUAUGUUGCAAUUUGGAAAGAUAUGUCGAGAAAAGAUGGUCCAAAAGUUGCAAGAUUAAUUCAACAAUCAACUCAAGCUAAAAAUAUUAAUUUAAAGAAAACAAGUAUAUUAGCUGCAAGAGAAGCAAAAAGAUGGCAAUUAAGAAACACAAAGAAUCAAAAAGAUUUAGUUACAAAAUCAAGAAGAGCAAUGAGAGAAAUGUUUAACUUUUGGAAACGUAAUGAAAGAAUUGAACGUGAAUUAAAGAAAAAAUAUGAAAAAGAUUUAAUGGAUAAAGCUAAAAAGGAAGAAGAAGAAAGAGAAAGUAAAAGACAAAGUAGAAAACUAAAUUUCCUUAUUACUCAAACUGAAUUAUAUUCUCAUUUUAUUGGUAAAAAAAUUAAAACUGAUGAAAUUGAAGGUUUAGAUGCUGAUCCAAAUAUUAAAAAACCAACUGGUAAAGAACAUUAUGAUAAAUAUAUUGAAGUUGAUGGAUUGAAAAAUGAUAUUAAUACCCUUGAUUUUGAUAAUGAUGAUGAAGAUGCUCUUCAUAAAGCUGCUGCUCAAAAUGCUCAAAAUGCUUUAAUGGCUGCACAAGAUAAAGCUAAACAAUUUGAUGAUUUCAAAAAUCCAGAAGCUACUGAUGAAAUGAAUUUUCAAAAUCCAACUUUAUUAGGUGAUAUUCAAAUUCAACAACCAAAAAUGUUGAAAUGUACCUUAAAAGAGUAUCAAAUAAAAGGUUUAAAUUGGUUAGCAAAUUUAUAUGAACAAGGUAUUAAUGGUAUUUUGGCUGAUGAAAUGGGUUUAGGUAAAACUGUUCAAAGUAUUUCAGUCCUAUCAUAUUUAGCAGAAACUCAUCAAAUUUGGGGUCCGUUUUUAGUUGUUACACCAGCUUCAACUUUACAUAAUUGGCAACAAGAAAUUUCAAGAUUUGUACCUGAUUUUAAAGUUUUACCAUAUUGGGGGAAUUCAAAAGAUCGUAAGAUUUUAAGAAAAUUUUGGGAUAGAAAAUCUUUUAGAUAUGAUAAAGAUGCUCCAUUUCAUGUAUUAGUUACUUCAUAUCAAUUAAUUGUUCAAGAUAUUGCAUAUUUUCAAAAAAUGAAGUGGCAAUAUAUGAUUUUAGAUGAAGCACAAGCUAUUAAAUCUUCACAAUCAUCAAGAUGGAAAUCUUUAUUAUCAUUAAGUUGUAGAAAUAGAUUAUUAUUAACUGGUACUCCAAUUCAAAAUUCAAUGCAAGAGUUAUGGGCUUUAUUACAUUUUAUUAUGCCUACAUUAUUUGAUUCUCAUGAUGAAUUUAGUGAUUGGUUUUCAAAAGAUAUUGAAAGUCAUGCUCAAUCAAAUACAAAUUUAGAUGAACAACAAUUACGUAGAUUACAUAUGAUUUUAAAACCAUUUAUGUUGAGAAGAAUUAAAAAGAAUGUUCAAUCUGAAUUGGGUGAUAAAGUUGAAAUUGAUUUAUUUUGUGAUUUAACAAAUCGUCAAAAGAAGUAUUAUCAAAUGUUAAGAUCUCAAAUUUCAAUAAUGGAUUUAUUAGAUGCUGCAAGUUCAAAUUCUGAUGAUGCUACAAGUUUAGUUAAUUUAGUUAUGCAAUUUAGAAAAGUUUGUAAUCAUCCUGAUUUAUUUGAAAGAGCUGAUGUUAAAUCUCCAUUUAAUUUUGGUAAAUUUGCUGAAACUUCAAGUUUCUUGAGAGAACAAGAAUUGGAAUAUUUUUAUGCAACGGAAAAUUUGAUAAAUUAUAAUUUACCAAGAUUGAUAUAUAAUGAAUUAUUAACACCAAAUGAAAAAAUGGAUUCAAAAUCAUCAAUUUAUGCAAAAUUUAAUAUUUAUAAUGAAGAAAAUUCAAGAAAUUUUGAUUGGAUAAGUUAUGUCAAUACAACACCAACUGAAUUAAAUAAGUUGAUGAAACAAGAUAUACUUACAAGAGCAAUAAAUUUGAAACCAAUAGAUUUAAAGAAAUAUGAAUCAAUACCGAGAGAUAAGAAAUUAUUACUAGUUUCAAAAUCAAUAAUGGAUGAAUUAUGUUCAAUUAAAGAUACAGUUUAUGAAGAUAUGUAUAUAAAAAAUCUUAAUCCAUGUUAUAUACCCAAUGCAUCAGCACCACCAAUUGAAGUUAUAUGUUCAUCCCAAAAUUUUAACAAUUUACAACACUCAGUAUUAUUUAAUCAAAAUAUAAGAUCAUCAUUAGUUCCAUUAACUUUAAAUCAAGAAUACGAUUUGAUGCAAAAACAAAUACCAUUUAAUCAAUAUCCAACAUCAAAUUUAUUACCCCCAUCAAUUAACAAAUUAAUAGAUUAUUCAAAUAUUAGAAUGCCAAGUAUGGAUAGAUUUAUAACUGAAUCUGGUAAAUUAGCUAAACUUGAUGAAUUAUUAAUACAACUUAAAAAAGAUGAUCAUCGUGUUUUAAUAUAUUUUCAAAUGACUAAAAUGAUGGAUUUAAUGGAAGAAUAUUUAACUUAUCGUCAACAUAAAUAUAUUAGAUUAGACGGUUCUUCAAAAUUAGAUGAUAGAAGAGAUUUAGUUUCUGAUUGGCAAUCUAAGCCUGAUUUAUUUAUAUUUUUAUUAAGUACAAGAGCCGGAGGAUUAGGUAUAAAUUUAACAGCAGCAGAUACUGUUAUAUUUUAUGAUUCUGAUUGGAAUCCAACUAUUGAUUCACAGGCAAUGGAUAGAGCUCAUAGAUUAGGUCAAACUAAACAAGUUACAGUUUAUAGAUUAUUGACAAGAAAUACAAUCGAAGAAAGAAUGAGAGACAGAGCAAAACAAAAAGAACAAGUUCAACAAGUUGUUAUGGAAGGUAAAUCUAUGAUUACACCAAUUUCAAAUAAAAAAGAUGAAACUGUAAAUAAAAAGAAAGAUGUUGCUUAUUUAUUAUUGGGUAAUGAUGAUGAUAAUAAUGUUGAUACAAAUACAAAUACAACAACAUCUUCAACAACAAAUAAUUCAACUCCACAACCAGAAAAUAAUGGAAAUAAAAAGAAGAAGAAUAAUGAUAAAUUGGAUGAUAAAUUGGAUGAAAAAUUACAAAACAUGUAUCAUGAAGGAGAAGGUGAAUUUAAAUUAACACCAACUCCAAUGUGA